UGUCGAUCUUCGUGUUCGAUGGAUAUGAAGUAAAAAAUUUCGUCACAUCCAAAUAGAACACAGGGAUUUCCUUCACGUAAAGAUUUUUCUUGAAAAUGGAAAUAAAUCGGUUGAAUCAUUACGCAAAAAUAAAUCUUUGUUUUUAGACAGGAAAUGCAGUUUAUCACCGCAGUUAUAUUGCAUUUGAUACAGAUUUUUUGAUGCAAUAAAGAUGAAAAUAGGUUGCAACUUUUUGUUUGUUAAAUGGUGUCAAGAAAAAGAAGUGCUAGGAGUUGGUGAACAUCGUCUAGUGUGACGUCUGCGACUUGUCUGAAAGAAAAGACUGAUAGAUCACAGCGAUCAGCAGUGUAGUGUAACAAAUGUAUGUGUUUUCUUAUUUGCCAUAUUGAGCAUUUUGAUAAUUUGAAUAUCUUCCAAACCACAUGCCAUCUUGUUGAGAAAGUCAUAUUUCUCUCUAUAAUUUGUGGUGGUGCCUCCAAAGUGUUGUCAUUUUUGAUUUUGAAUACCUGGGUUACCACCUCAAUAAAGAAAACAGUGAAACAAAAUAGUGCGUCACGAUCGAGAUCGACGAAGGCAAUAUUAUCUAACCAUAUACGAAUACAACGCAUGCAUAAGAAAACAACUGCAAAAACCGCCCCAGCGAACGACCAAAUAAACGCAAAACCAAAUGAAUACUUCGACGUUCGCUGCUUCUGGCGAGGAUAGCACCGAAUGGUCAACUCUGCACUGCAGCAAGGAUGCACUGACCGACUUUUUUGGCUGGUUCUUGCAGGGCAUAUUGGCGACACUAGCUUUUACAUGUUUAAUUGGAAAACGAUUUUGUGAACCACUUUACAACAGACGUUCCUGGGAAACAUGGUGGUACGACACAUCGAAGCAAGGAAUCGGAGCCUUAGUGAUCCACAUGACUAACGUGUAUUUAGCCCCACUAUUCCAGGGCGACCCUUGUACGUGGUAUAUCAUCAACUUUCUAUUGGAUUCCACCAUUGGUUUAUUCAUAAUCUACAUUGGAAUUAAAACCUGUCAGUAUUUAGCGCGUAAGAAGAAAUGGGAUGCGAUAAACUUUGGCGAGUAUGGAGCACCAAAAUCAUGGCUCUAUCAAACCUGGAUUUAUGUAGGACUGAUGGCGAUCGUUAAACUGAUAACGACACUGUUUAUCCAGCUCGACAUCUGGGACAAUGUGAAAAACUUUGUUCUAUCUCCCUUCAAAGAUCCACGAAUUGAGCUAGCCGUAGUGAUGCUAGUGAUUCCUUUCUUUGUUAAUAUUCUGAUCUUUUGGGUUACCGAUAAUUUCCUGAUGCGGCACACGCGAAAGAAACGCACUGCCGGUACGACGCAAAACCACGGAAGGGAGCACAGUUUGUUGCAAAAAGUAAAAUACAAAAUGAUACAAAAAACCAAACCUAAUGACUCAGAAUCUGAUACUCUUUUAUCAGGCGAUGAAGAAAUAUUAAAUUUUAGAGCGUCCAGCAGCACCAUGUCCUCGUCGCAUAUGCUGCAAAUGGCCAACGGCUGUUCCUCGACGUCAGCGGCGGCGAUGGAUGAUACGGCAAUCAUUCUCACCUCAUCGGCGGCAUCACCUAGCAGUAAGCAAAAUGUCCAACAGCGAACUAGUGUGAUCAAUAUUUAACGAAGGUUUUUGUUUAGCUUUCUCCUACAAUUUUUACAUAUUAUCAGUAAGAGAUGUAUAGUCUGAGAAAAUGAAAAAAAAAGAAAACAAAAAGCGCUCCCUCAAAGGAGACACUGUAACCAUAUUUUUCAUUGUUAAAGCAGAGAUGAAUGCAAGGCAAUAGAUAAGCUAUGAAAUUUUCUUGUUAAAUACUGAGAGCAAACCAUGUGAUAUUUGUGUGUCUAUAUCUACAAUGUAUGUAUAUUUACACAUUGGUUGCUAUGAAAAAAAGAAAGCCAAGCCAAACUAGAGGAAGCUUAGAUAUGCACGCAAUAGCAGAAGGAUAAAGGCAACCUGAUAGUUGCACGCUGUCAAACUGAAUUCCAGUAAUUGAAAGCAGUGAUUAACGAGCACGAGAUUGAAACUGAAUGAUUUGAAAACUAAGCCCACUACGAGAUAGAUCACACGAUUGUUAUAUGCCAGGCAGAAAACGAACAUUGUAUUUUCUAGGGCUAAGUUAGACUAAGCAACCAACAACAAACUAUUUAGUAGUAUCAAAAAAAAAAAAAUACGGAUAACAGUGCGGAUCGGUUUUUAUUUUUUUAUAUACACGGAAGUAAAGGUAGGAUUACAUUACCAACGAUGUGAACGAUAUAGUAGAUUUUGUAAAAUACAUGAAAAUAAAUAUCAAUUCUGGAUCAAA